AUGUGGCCUCCUCUUAAAACCUUACCCGAGGUCAAAUCUUUCAUCGGAGUUAUUUUCGCCGUAACAGGCAAUAUUUUGAUUUCUGUUGCGUUAAACCUUCAAAAAAACGCCCAUAAUGAGCUGCAAAGGCUUCAACUAGCAUUCAUAAAUAAUUCUAAUACACAUUCACAAGCUGCAUCUUUUGGUUCCGAUUUAUCUUCACGUAGUUUACAUACUCAAAAUGACGAUAGUUAUGAAGUGUUAUUAGAUCCUGAGCAGUAUAGUGAAACAAACUAUCUUCGUUCUAAAGCAUGGUGGACCGGGAUAAUUUUAAUGAUCAUUGGUGAAUUGGGAAAUUUUAUGGCUUAUGCAUUCGCGCCAGCUUCGGUAGUAGCCCCUUUAGGAACAGUUGCUUUGAUCUCUAAUGUUAUUUUGGCUCCGAUCAUGUUGAAAGAAAGAUUUCGUAAACAGGAUUUAAUAGGAAUUCUUAUUGCGAUAAUUGGAGCAGUUGUGGUGGUGCUUGAUCCAGAAGCCAUAUGGAAUGCUAUUAAACAAACACCAUUUAUAAUUUAUUUCAUCAUCACUGCAACACUGGCGAGCUUUCUAAUGUAUUUGUCCGAUCGGAUAGGUCACAAGACGUGUUUUGUCGAUUUAUCUUUAGUUGCAAUUUUCGGUGGAUAUACUGUUUUGGCGACAAAAUCAAUUUCAUCAAUGUUGACAAUGACAUACGUUGCAAUGUUUACAUAUUCCAUAACUUACUUCUUAUUGAUAAUUUUAAUGAGUACAGCUGUGCUUCAGAUUAAAUUUCUUAACAAAGCUUUAAGGCAAUUUGAUUCAACGGAGGUCAUUCCAACUCAAUUUGUCCUUUUCACCAUAUCUGCAAUCAUAGGAAGUGCAGUAUUAUAUAAAGAUUUUGCAGAUAUGAAUUUUUGGAAAUUCGCUGGUUUUUUAAUUGGAUGUAUAUCAACGUUUGUAGGUGUUUAUUUUAUUACAUCUAAUCGAAACAACUCUGAAGGUUAUUCCCAUCAAAGUCCUAAUAAUUUAUCGAGUGGAACUGUCAGAAGUAACAGCAUUAUGAUAGAUCCGUUACGUGCUGUACUUCCCGUCUUACCUGACGAACUUGGCGCAUCUAAUGGUUCUGUCGAAUUUAAUAGACAAUAUUUACCAUUUAAUCAUCAAAGGUCAGUUGCUACGAGCAUUCCUCGUAGACAUACACUGGCUGAACCGGUAGUUUUUCCCUCGACACCACUUUUAAAUGGCUCCGCUUCGAGGCAAGAUGGAUUAUUGAGACAAUUGGUUCAUGGAGUUUCUACAACAUCCUUGACUGCCGGAGUAAGUCAAGCAUUAAAUUCAGUGGGUGCUCGUCAUUCGCAUGCGUUAGGACUAGACCAAGUGUUUGAAAAUUAUUGGUUAAAAAUGAUUUCAGAACAAAAUCGAUCAAGUUUACCUGAUUAUACACAGAGAGAUUAUGGUGUUCAUCGUCGAAGUAAUUCCGUCCCUCCUGGUUUAAUCUCUCGUGGAGUUGAUCUUUCAAAUUAUCAAAAUAGAUUAAGUAGUCCACUAGCUACUAAUGUUGAAGAUGACGAAGAAAGUUUUAAUACACAACCAAAAUCUUUUACUAAUUCAUCUUAUUUGAGUACCUCAUAUAACAAUUAUGAAUAUUAUGAUUCUGAAUAUACUGAUUCUGCACAAACUGACGACGACGCAAGAACGAUUAGUGGAUUAACCAUUUCAACAAAUGGAAGUAAUAUAGGGAUUUAUACGGGUGAUGAAGGUAGCACUUAUGAGGCUUUUCCUGGAAUAGAUGAUUUUAAUAAUCAUUCUGAUGAUAUCAACGAUUUACCAGAUUUGCCUUUAAGGCGUGAUUAUGGUGGAGCUACAGAAAGUGAAAGUGAAAUGUAA